AUGGGAUCAAGAGGCGUGUACUUUGCGGGUCACUCAGCCGGCGCUCACUUAGUGGCAAAGCUGUUAAGCAACGUCGAUUUCUUCGAGGACAAUCCAGGAUCGCAUCGGUUACAAGGAGCUUUCCUUAUCUCGGGUAUAUACGAUUUACGGGAGUUAGUCCAUACAUCUGUCAAUGACGCUGUACAACUCCCACAUGAGUGGGCAAUACCACUGUCGCCAUUGUUCGAUUGCUAUACUCAUUUGCAGGCAAGAAGAGUAAGAGUGUACAUUCUAGCCGCACAAAACGACAGCCCGGCGUUCAAAAAACAGUCUAGAGAGUUCUACGAACUCCUCCACAACACGUGUCUUAUGCAGAAUAUGUAUUUGGAAAUAAAAGACGAUUUAGAUCACUUUGAUAUUGUCGAAUGUCUCGCUGAAGACGACAAUUAUCUUAAGAAUCUGAUGGUUCACGACGUACGAAAGCAUUUGUAA